CGGAGGCGAGCGUCGGCGGGGGAGGGGGGGCAGCGCUUCCCCCUCAGGCGGGAGAGCGGAGCGAGCGAGCGAGGGAAGGAAGGAGGCGGCGGGGGGGGGAGCCGGGAUGGCGGGGCCCGCGGGCACGGGCUGACCGGAGGGCCCUGCCGUCCUCCCUCCUCUUCCUCCUCUUCCGUCCCCCGCUGGAAACUGGCGGAGCUGGGCCGGGCCGGGGGCGCGGCGGGCCCCGCCGGCGGGAUGAUGCGCUCGCAGUGCCUGCUCGGCCUCCGGGCCUUCCUGGCCUUCGCCGCCAAGCUCUGGAGUUUCCUGCUCUACCUCCUGCGACGGCAAGCCCGCACCGUGAUCCAGUAUCAGACGGUGCGGUACGAUAUUCUCCCUCUUUCCCGGGUUUCGCGAGAACGGCUGAAUCAGGUGAAAAGGAAGAUUCUUGUCCUGGACCUGGAUGAGACCCUCAUCCACUCCCAUCACGACGGGGUCCUGAGGCCCACCGUGAGGCCCGGAACCCCCCCGGACUUCAUCCUGAAGGUCGUCAUAGAUAAGCAUCCGGUCCGUUUUUUUGUACAUAAGAGGCCGCACGUGGAUUUUUUUCUAGAAGUGGUGAGCCAGUGGUACGAGCUCGUGGUCUUCACAGCCAGCAUGGAAAUCUAUGGCUCGGCUGUAGCCGACAAGCUAGAUAAUAACAGGAGCAUCCUCAGGCGGAGAUACUACAGGCAGCACUGCACUUUGGAGCUGGGCAGUUACAUCAAAGACCUUUCGGUGGUCCACGGUGACCUGUCAAGCAUUGUCAUCUUGGACAACUCCCCAGGAGCUUACAGGAGCCAUCCAGAUAACGCCAUCCCCAUCAAGUCGUGGUUCAGCGACCCCAGUGACACGGCUCUCCUCAACCUCCUCCCCAUGCUGGAUGCCUUGAGGUUCACAGCGGACGUCCGGUCGGUGCUCAGCCGCAACCUGCAUCAACAUCGCCUUUGGUGACGGCGGCUCCUCCUUUCUUCAGGGUUUGGCCACAACCUCUGCCUUAUCCCGCCAUCGUGACCCGCCCCUCUCGCCAGGCGCCGCGGCCGACAAAGCGCCUUCAGACUCAGCCGGCAGGGGACGUGGCCCCUCGAGGGAGGGGGACGGCUCCCAUUUUGGCCUCGCCCUAUGGCCGUCGGCCGCCCUCUCGCUCCCCCCCCCUCCCCCGUGGACUGGCAGUGACUCAGCCGGGCAGAGGCGGGGCGAGGGCCGCGUUGCGGUGGCACGACACCCCGGCGGUCCCGGGAUGCACAAGAAAGGGGGUGAAAAACCGGGCCAGCCGCCGAGAGCAACGCUUGGACAGACUUUUCCCGGGAAAGGAGGCUGUGUUUCCUCAGCGGGAAGAGCAGCUCGUCUCCCUCCCCAGCUUUCCUGUGGUUUUCGUUUCUUCCCCCCCACCUUGCAAUCCUCGGAUAAAAUGUGGGGAGGGGGCCGCUUCAUCGGAGAAGGAGCUUUCGAAUAUACUGGCAAAGUCUGGCUUUCUUUCCGAGGCUCCUUCCUCUCCUCCAGGCCCCUUCCGCUCGGAUCGGUGUGGCGGACAGGCCCCCCCUUCCCUCCCCUCCGUCGUCCCCCCCUCAUGCCAGGAUGGCUUGGUUUUUAUUUUAUUUCUCGGACUUCUGGGACGGGCGGGGGUCUCGAAGGAGGAGAUACGAUACAGGCUUGAACUGAGGUGGGAAAAGGAAAAAAAAGAAAGAAAA